UCAAGUUCUGCACAACUUCUCCCGGCUGCCCAGCGUUGCGGCCGCGGGUCCGGGCCAGCUCGCUGCGCUCUGCGGCUCAGCCAUCUCGUCCCCAGGGCAGGUCCUCGUGGAGCAUCUGGCGCCACUUGGCCGCUGGCGGUCCCUUUCGGCGCCCCACCUCUCUGAUCGCCCCGGCCCCCUCGCGCGGGACGGCUGUACUCAGGUUCUUAGGUUCUUGGCCCUCCCCCCCCCCGGUGCUCCCGGAGCGGCGGAACCCUCCCCGUGCCCUUCCUCUGCCAGCUCCUGGAAGCCAGUGGUGAGGACCUAGGCUCCCCGAUGGUCACGGCGCGGCACCCGGGGCACUCCCGGGCCAUGUAAGCAGCCGUCCUGCAGAGGGCCUGACGGACAUGGACACCCUUCCCCUACCUUAGUGUGACCGUUCCAACACAGACCUGCUAAGGCCGUCUAAGGGGUGCCUGUGCCAGGAGAGGAGGGAGGCGUCCCCCGGCCGCAGAGCCAUGCCUUUCGGCCUGAAGCUUCGUAGGACUCGGCGCUACAAUGUCCUGAGCAAGAACUGCUUUGUUACGCGGAUCCGCCUGCUGGACAGCAAUGUCAUUGAGUGCACCCUGUCUGUGGAAAGCACGGGGCAGGAGUGUCUGGAGGCCGUGGCCCAGAGGCUGGAGCUGCGGGAGACACACUACUUCGGCCUUUGGUUUCUCAGCAAGAGCCAGCAGGCGAGAUGGGUGGAGCUGGAGAAGCCGCUGAAGAAGCAUCUGGACAAAUUCGCUAACGAGCCUCUGCUCUUCUUCGGAGUCAUGUUCUAUGUGCCAAAUGUGUCGUGGCUUCAGCAGGAGGCCACAAGAUACCAGUAUUACCUGCAAGCCAAAAAGGAUGUGCUUGAAGGGCGGUUACGGUGCACGCUGGAGCAAGUGAUCCGGCUGGCCGGCUUAGCUGUGCAAGCGGAUUUUGGAGACUAUAACCAAUUUGAUUCCCAAGAAUUUCUCCGAGAAUAUGUCCUCUUCCCUAUGGAUUUGGCCCUGGAGGAGGCUGUUCUGGAGGAGCUGACGCAGAAGGUGGCCCAGGAGCACAAAGCCCACAGUGGGAUCCCGCCUGCAGAAGCUGAGCUGAUGUACAUCAAUGAAGUAGAACGUUUGGAUGGAUUUGGACAGGAGACCUUCCCGGUGAAGGACAACCAGGGCAACAGCACACACCUCGGCAUUUUCUUUAUGGGAAUUUUCGUGAGGAACAGAAUCGGAAGACAGGCGGUAAUAUACAGGUGGAAUGACAUUGGGAGUGUCACCCACAGCAAAUCAGCCAUCCUUCUCGAACUGAUUGACAAGGAGGAGACAGCACUCUUCCACACAGAUGAUAUUGAAAAUGCCAAGUAUAUUUCCCGGUUAUUUACAACACGGCACAAGUUUUACAAACAGAACAAGAUCUGCACUGAACAGUCAAAUUCUCCACCCCCAAUCAGACGCCAGCCCACCUGGAGCCGGUCCUCACUGCCAAGGCAGCAGCCGUACAUCCUGCCUCCCAUGCAUGUGCAAUGCAGUGAACACUACUCGGAGACCCACACAUCCCAAGACAGCAUUUUCCCUGGGAACGAGGAAGCCUUGUAUUGCAAAUCUCACAACAGCCUGGACUUAAACUACUUAAAUGGCACCGUCACCAACGGCAGUGUGUGCAGUGUUCACAGUGUUAACUCCCUCAGCUGCUCCCAAAGCUUCAUCCAGGCCUCUCCGGUGUCCUCCAACCUCAGCAUCCCUGGAAGCGACAUCAUGAGGGCGGACUACAUCCCCAGCCACCGGCAUAGCACCAUCAUCGUGCCUUCAUACAGGCCCACCCCUGACUACGAGACAGUGAUGCGGCAGAUGAAGAGGGGGCUGAUGCACGCAGACAGCCAGAGCCGGUCUUUGAGGAACCUCAACAUCAUCAACACCCAUGCCUACAACCAGCCUGAGGAACUGGUGUACAGCCAGCCAGAGAUGCGGGAGAGGCAUCCCUACACUGUCCCAUACGCGCCCCAGGGGGGCUACGGUCACAGACUUGUUAGUCCAUCUGACCAGAUGAACCCCAAAAAUAGUGCAGUGUGUAGCAAGCCAGGGGCCAGCUCCAUUUCUCACACAGUGAGCACUCCAGAGCUGGCCAACAUGCAGCUUCAAGGAACACAAAACUACAGCACAGCCCACAUGCUCAAGAACUAUCUCUUUAGGCCCCCACCCCCUUACCCUCGGCCUCGGCCUGCCACCAGCACCCCAGACCUCGCCAGCCACCGCCACAAGUAUGUCAGUGGCAGCAGCCCUGAUCUGGUAACUCGGAAAGUCCAGCUUUCCGUAAAAACCUUCCAGGAGGACAGUUCUCCCGUGGUCCAUCAGUCUUUGCAGGAGGUGAGCGAACCCCUUACCGCCACCAAGCACCACGGCACGGUGAAUAAACGCCACAGCCUAGAGGUGAUGAACAGUAUGGUACGCGGCAUGGAGGCCAUGACACUGAAGUCACUCAAUAUCCCCAUGGCUCGCCGUAACACGCUUCGGGAGCAGGGCCCCUCCGAGGACACGGGUGGCCACGACGUGCACGGGCUUCCCCAGUACCGCCACAAGAAGACAUUCUCGGAUGCCACCAUGCUAAUCCACAGCAGUGAGAGUGAGGAGGAGGAGGAGGCCCCUGAGGCGGUGCCUCAGAUUCCGGUCCUUCGGGAGAAGGUGGAAUACAGUGCCCAGCUGCAGGCCGCCCUGGCCCGCAUUCCCAACAGGCCCCCGCCGGAGUACCCUGGGCCAAGAAAAAGCGUCAGUAACGGGGCACUGCGGCAGGACCAGGGGACCGUCCUUCCUGCCAUGGCCAGAGCCCGGGUGCUGAGACACGGGCCAGCCAAGGCCCUUAGUGUCUCCCGGGCCGAGCAGCUGGCUGUCAAUGGGACCUCUCUGGGCCCCUCCAUCUCUGAGCCUGACCUCACCAGCGUGAAGGAGCGGGUCAAGAAGGAGCCUGUGAAGGAGAGGCCCGUGUCAGAGAUGUUCUCCCUGGAGGACAGCAUUAUAGAGAGAGAGAUGAUGACUAGGAAUCUCGAGAAGCAGAAGAUGGCAGGCCUGGACCCACAGAGGAGGCCACUUAUGCUGGCGGCGUUGAACGGGCUCUCCGUGGCCCGCGUCCCGGGGCGGGAAGACAGUCGACACGAUGCCACCCGAGUCCCCAUAGAUGAGAGGCUCCGAGCCCUGAAGAAGAAGCUGGAAGAGGGAAUGGUGUUCACAGAGUAUGAGCAGAUCCCACACAAAAAGGCCAAUGGCAUCUUCAGCACCGCCACUCUGCCAGAAAAUGCUGAGCGUAGCCGGAUCCGAGAAGUCGUCCCCUACGAGGAGAACCGGGUGGAGCUCAUCCCGACCAAGGAGAACAACACAGGCUACAUCAACGCCUCCCACAUCAAGGUGGUGGUUGGUGGGGCAGAAUGGCACUACAUCGCCACCCAGGGACCCCUGCCACAUACCUGCCAUGAUUUCUGGCAGAUGGUGUGGGAGCAGGGGGUGAACGUGAUCGCCAUGGUCACUGCGGAGGAGGAGGGCGGACGGACCAAAAGUCAUCGAUACUGGCCCAAACUGGGGUCCAAGCACAGCUCAGCCACCUAUGGCAAGUUCAAGGUCACCACGAAGUUCCGCACAGACUCUGGUUGCUAUGCAACCACAGGGUUAAAGGUCAAGCACCUGCUGUCUGGCCAGGAGAGGACGGUGUGGCACUUGCAGUACACUGACUGGCCCCACCACGGCUGCCCAGAAGAUGUCCAAGGAUUUCUGUCCUACUUGGAGGAAAUCCAGUCAGUCAGGCGUCACACCAACAGUGUCCUGGAAGGCAUCAAGACCAGGCACCCGCCCAUCGUGGUCCACUGCAGUGCAGGGGUGGGGAGGACCGGAGUCGUCAUCCUUUCCGAGCUCAUGAUCUACUGCCUGGAGCAUAAUGAGAAGGUGGACGUACCCACGAUGCUGAGGUUUCUCAGGGAGCAGAGGAUGUUCAUGAUCCAGACCAUCGCGCAGUACAAGUUCGUUUACCAAGUCCUCGUCCAAUUCCUGCAGAACUCCAGGCUCAUUUGAGUUCCCAGCUGCAGCUUCUAGAGGAGGGCACCAGCUCCAUCCUGCAGGGGGCGCCACUUCUGGACAACAUCUGCCUCCUCAGUUGGAGGCCGAUGGCUUGCAUCAGGCAAGAGCCAGAGUUACUUGCAAACAUCAUGUAUUAUUUUAUAUGAGAUAAUUUAUUUUUCCGUCUUUGGAAUAAGUUUUGUUGAGUUAUUAUAAUGCAUUUUUUUCACAAUAAUAUAGUGCUUCUCAUUUGAACCACAUGUUGACUGAUCUGCAUAUAAGCCCCAGGAGGGAAGGUGGUGACCCCAUGGGACAUUGUAGGCACAGAGGCAUAAGGGAACACAUCCCUAGUGAAGGUGCAGACAAAUUACUAAUGCCCCCAGUCAAAAGUGGCAAGAGAAAGAAUUCACUCCCAUCUGGAAGGAAGAGAGCCGAGGAAGGCCCUUGCAAGUGUCCCCUUAAACACUGGAUCCACGCGGCUCCCUGGAAAGCUGCUCCUUUGCUGCCCUCAUCCCCAUGAUCUCUCAGUCUCUAAGCCUGGGGAGAAAGGUUUAAGGCUGGCCGUGCUGUCUUUGCUGCUGGCUCUGCUGCUCUCUCAGCCCUUGUUGUGGUCCAGAACUCUGAUGCGGUGAUGGAGCCCAUCUUGCAUGCUCCCAGCACCCUCGUCUGGUGGCCCUGGACCAGGCCAUCUGCCUGGCAUCGGGUGGGGCCUCGGUGUGGAUUCUUAACUAAAUAAUGUUGAGUGUGGCGGAUGGGGAUUUAAGAGGGUGAGGUUUGGGUCUGUUCCAUUUUCCUAUCCAUGGCUAAGUUGUUAGAAGGGUCUUAAUGGCUAAGGAAACUCACAUCUGGGAGCCUCCUGGUACUCGGCAACAGGGCCCUGGCCAGGAGGCUCACCCCUGACAGGCAUGCACCCUGCCUACCUCACUGCGUGCCGACUGAUUCUAGACUUUGGCUAACAAGGACGGAGUUGAUUCCACCUCGGGCUUCAUUGUUGAUGUCUUGAGGCUGGGCCCCAGGCUGACCUUGGACUUGGUGUGUAGCAAGAGGAUGGCUCCCAAUCUCCCGUCUGUACCUCCCCACCGCUGGGAUUUCGGGGUGUGAACACCACACACAGGCCAUACUCGCCCCUCAUGAUGAAUACUGAAGCUGUCUUUUGUAAAAUCCUCCACCGCCUACCUUUCCUUGCAUAGCCCAGUCUCUGGUCAGUGAUGGUAUCAACUACCCACACACUGAAGCCCAGUUUCCUUCCGUGUCUUUUCUGAGUAUAAUUUCCUAACUGUGUUUGUGGAACUGAUAGUGUCAUAUCUUCCUCCGUAGUUACGUUUUCCUUUUCUCGCUCCCCUGAGCUGAAAAGACCAACCAGAAAGAGCAUGCCUUUGUGGCUUCUAUCCACUCCACCCACCCACCCACCAAUACACACACACACACACACACACAC